UACAAAGAUCCAUCACGCAUGACGCAUGCAUGUGUCCAUGUCGGCUCCAAGAGCCUCAGAAACUCCGUCCUAGGCAGCUAGGGGAGUUACUGUUUCACAGUACAUUUGUCCACCACCUUCUUGCCAUGGCUCCGAGCCCCACGUUGUUUUGAGAGCUUUCUCCCCCUAGGGACCGUUCCCAACCCGUCCAUGGCAUGACGGCAAUGACACCCCCGUGAUGAGAGCGACUCGACGAAGUAGCAACAAACAGGGGGAAUUCCUGUAGCCGAACGCAUGGCCGCGGCACUUGGCUGUCACCGUUGUUCGGUGGCGAGCGUGCGGCGUCCUCGCUGUUCGCUUCCCUGCGUUUGCCGAGCUCCUCUCCCCGUUCGCGACGUGGUGGGGGACUCUAGUUUGUUUGUUUCGAGUAGGUUAAUGAAAGCUUCUAUCUCGGCUUGUUAUCCCGGUGGUUGGGUCAUGUCUUCUUGUGGUAGAUCCGCGUGGUUUUGCCGUGCCGCGGGCGAGGCGUGCGUAGCUUGAUGAGAGCCACUCCGAUGCGGGUUGUGCCUCUCCGGGCGCGCGGCUAUUCUUCUUCUUCUUCUUCAUGGACGCCGUGAAAGUGGAGGUGAGGAAGGCUGCUGCGGCUACGGCUGAUGGCGCACCGCGACGGCCGCUGGUGCCAUCGGAGAAGAGCAAUGCUGCUCCAGCCGGCCGAAGAAGGGAGGUCGUCUCCAGGUUCAAGCCCGUCGUGCCACUGGCGCCGGCGCCGGCUGGUAUUGCAGCGAGGCGGUGCACGUCCCCGUGCCCCGGCCGGGCCUCGGCAAUCGACGGCACGGCGCCGUGCAACAGAGCGUGGUCGGCUGACAGAGCAAGUCCUGCCGCGCCUUCAGCUGCUCCGUCUUCUCGGCUGAAGCCCUCCACCGCCGCCGCGGCAAGGUCCUGUUCGCCGGCCCGUGACGCGGCCGCCGAGGUAAAUUGCACUCCUCCCCGUGCAACGAGUGCAAAGGCCCCUGAUGGCUUAUGGGCAUCGGCGCGGAGCCGGUCUCCCUCGCUUCGGUCAGAGUCCGUGCCAGCCCCUGCCAAGAAGAUGGACAGGCUAGUCCGUGGCUUACCUUCAGAGAUGGCCAAGGUCAAGGUGCAGGCAAACGCUGCGGCUGAGAGGAAGAGGAGUCCUCUUAGAGGGAACACGAACAGCAUCGGCGACCAGAGUGAGAACGCACGGUCUUCAGAGUCUCCUUCCAAGAGGGUCAUUGAGCAACAUCGAUGGCCGGCGAUGAUGAGUGGCCGGGGAUCUGCGGGCCUCACUUCGACAACCGCUGCUCCUGCUGGCAAGGCUGGUAGAACAGUAUCUUCGUCAAAUCCUUCAGCAGGACGUUCUCCAAGAAGGAUGUCUCCAUCCGAAGGCACAAACAAGUGUCUGAACGGACCGCCGAACGAGAUGGCACAGAGGGCGGCUGUCCACCGGAGCAGAAGAGGGGAUAAGGCAGACUCUAGCAGUGAUACCUCUUCACAGACGUCGGUAAGUUCUAAAGCGGCUUGUCGACCGAGCAGGGCCAUUUCUUCACCUGUCCCAUUUCUGCACCGAUCGUCGUCUCCGAGCAAGGUUUUGUCAGCUGCAUCCUCGACUUCCAAGACCUAUCAGAGUCCACAGCGGAUAAGGCCGUCAGCAUCUUGCCGAUCAAAAUGUGCUUCGGCUGCUCAAUCAGGUGUUGCACAACCUGUUUUUAACUAUAUAGCUGAUGCACGGAAAGGGAAGAAAAAUGCAAGCCAGAUUGAGAAUAUCCAUCACCUACGUCUGCUGAAUAAUAGAUACCUGCAGUGGCGCUUCGUAAAUGCGCAUUCAGAAGAAACCCCAUCGUCCCGGAAAAUCAGUGUCGAGAGCAUUCUUUAUAGCGUUUGGAUAAGUAUCUUGACGCUGCGGGAUGCUUUAACAAUAACAAGAAUUGAUGUGCUACUCCUGCAGCAAGAGAUGAAGCUCUAUUACAUUUUAACAGAGCAGAUUACUUAUCUUGAGCAAUGGCCGGUACUGGAAGAGGAGAACGGCAGUACUUUAGUUGAGGCGAUCAAAGCUCUUAAAGCAAGCACGCUGCGCCUUCCAGUUACAUCAGGAGCUCAGGCUGAUGCACUUGCAGUUAAGAAUGCUAUAAGCUCAGCUGUUGACGUUAUGCAAGUUUUGAGUUCCUCGAUUUGCUACUUUCAAUCAAAGGUUGAAGAUAGGACAUCUUUGGUUUCUCAACUUUCAGUUAUGGCGAGACAAGAAAAGGCUGCUCUUGAUGAAUGCAGAGAGCUCUUAGCAUCGGCAGCGAAAUUGCAGGUACAGGAGGCCAGCAUUCGCACGCUUCUGAUGCAACUGGGGGAGGGAAUUGCAGGAUGAAAAUUGUCAAGCUGAAGAAAUUAACCAUUGUUUUUUGACAGCAACAUCUGCCCAUUCGAACAUAGCAAAUGAAACAGGGAUCUGUAGAGAUGAAGUAACAGAACAACCAACACACAUAUAUGCAGUACCAUACGCAUUCCCUGACCUUUGGGAAUCAUGGCGCGACGCUCUGCAGCUAACGAGUUACGGUUCUCACAAAUUAUAGGACAUGGCCUCAGCAGGUUUUAUUAUCGGGAAAGGAAAAGGUGUAAAUGGUUUUCACCAAACAGUAAGCAGUUCAUCUGUUUUCUCUUCUCUUUAUUUUUUGUUUCCCUUAUUAGCUGAUGAUGAUAGUUUCUCUGC